CCCAGGACCCCCAGUUGUUAGGGUCUUCCCUUCUGAAACUACCUUCCUUCUGGAGCCAUCACUGGUCAUUUUGACCAGUUUAUUUUGCCACUGGACUUCAAUAAUUCUGGAAGAAAUAGCUGAUGACUUUGGGCAGUUUUGCCUCACUUAAAUCCAAUUGCAAUUCACCCUUGUGCUGUCAUUGGUCCUCUUUCAGAACGAAGGAUAAACAAGAGUUCUGCAUGAGGUCUCUACACUGAGAGAAAGACUUCCAGAACAGGUACCACAGAAAGUUAUGGAUCUGAAUAAUACUACUGAUUAUUUGAUCAGUGCAACCACAGUAAAAAGUAACAUCAGUUUCCCUGAUCUUCACCCAGUAAUUAACCUGGUGAUUACCAUUCUCUCAUCUAUCAUAUUCACUGUUGGUAUCAUAGCCAAUGUCCUUUACCUGUGGGUGCUAAGAUUCAAGAUGAAAAAGACAGUCAAUACUCUCUUAUUUUUCCAUCUCAUUCUCUCAUAUCUUAUUUCUUCAUUAAUUGUGCCUUUCAAGGUCAUCUCCAACCUACAAGCCAAUCACUGGGGCUUUGGGAUUGUCACGUGCAAAGUCUUCAAUAGCACCUUUUCCUUGGGGAUGUUUGCCUCUGUUUUUAUUCUGUGUGCCAUCAGUCUUGAUCGCUAUGUUCUUACUUUUCAUCCAGUAUGGUCAAAGAAACACCGAAACAUCCGCUGGGCUUCUAUCACUCUCAUGGGAAUUUGGAUCUUUGCGACUGUCCUCAGCAUUCCCUAUCUGAUAUUUCGAGAAACCCAAAAAGACACAAAUGGAGUAGUCAUCUGCAAAAACAACUAUGCUUUCUUCAAUAAUCAGGAAAGCCAGAAGACUGAAGCACUGAGGAAAAGAGUCCACAUAGCCUUCUUCAUUAGCUACCUCUGGCUAGGUUUUCUUCUGCCUUUAUUCAUCAUCAUAUUCUGUUAUGUAAGAGUAGUCCAAAAAUUAAAGCAGAGGGGCCUGAUUAAGUCCAGCAAACCCUUCAGAAUUAUGAUGACUUUUAUUGGCUCUUUCUUUUUGUGUUGGCUACCCUAUCAUGUCUACCAUAGUUUAUUUUUCAAUGAGACGCCUGCACUAAUCAUAAAACUGACUCAGAUAGUUACAGCCAUUACGGUCUCAUUUAACAUUUUCUUUUCUCCCACAUUUUAUCUGUUUAUUGGGGAGAACUUCAAGAAAGUCUUCAAAGAAUCUAUUGUUGCUUUGUUUGAGUCAGUUUUGCAUGAACAGUCUUAACUUAGAGCAAUCCCAAAACCCAAGUACAAUAAAAUCAUUUUAAAUUGUGGAUCUCCAAGCUAAAAUAUCAGAAAGGAUCUUCUUCCUUUUUGUUCAUCCCAAAAUAAGCAUAUUUUCUCCCACAGAAGGUUCUCUUUCCAUUUUUUGUUCUUGUUUUUUUGGCAGGGGGAGAGUGCCCUGCAAUUUAAGGCCAGUAUUUCUGGCUUUGUUAAAUCAAUCAGGUAUCCUAAAAGACAAACAGGUGGCAUUGUAAAUAAAUGAAAUACCCAAAAUAUAGUUCCUCUUUGAGCUAUCUUUGACCUUAGGACUAAAGAAAUAUUUCCUAAGAGUCACUGCUGGGCAUGGAUCUCUAUUCUUAUUUGGAAUAUCCUAGUCAUGGUGCUAGGCAGCACCUGAAUUACAUUAAUAGUGGAAAUUG